UGUACUAAACUCGCAAAAGGAAAUUGUGCUCAUGUUUAAACAAAGAAUGAGUUAUGAAUACGUUUGGCUUCUAUGUAUUAAAAUUAGAUUUGUUUUUGCAAAAUUCCUUUAUAAUACACGACUUUGUUGAACGGACAUUUUAGCGAACAACACAACUGGUUCGGUAUAACAAAGUAAUUUUAAAGUCAAGUUUUCAUCAGAGCAAGAAAAUAAAGUUUUUUAUGUCAAACGUCACCUGUAUGAACUUAAAAAUUACAGUUAUUUUUCUUUAGUACAUCGCCAAUGUCAAAUAUCUGACGAAAACUCAUAUUUGUAAAGUAUCUAACAUUUAUUUUAUACAUAAUCAUUUUCGUAUGGAGACCGCAGAUCCAGAGUUCCGUAUUUUAGCCCCACAAAUCAUUUGCCCCAACCAUGACAACAUUCCCAGCGUCAAACAUGAUUUCUCUGUUAUAACAAUACAGCCGAAAUCUGUUUCCGAUUUCCAAUUAUCUUGGAUUGUACGUUGGGUGUCCGUGCCAUCUCUUUCACAGCGGAUGACUUUAAACCUUUGGAAAUUAAUUCGUGCUCUGGAAAAUAAAUUGAACGAGCAAUCAGCAAAUGAUCUCGAUUACAUUGUAAAAAACAAUGAGUUACUGAGCGGAGUAACUUACCUCUUUCAUGUAACUGCGUACAAUGUAGAGGGGAUCACAAAAAAAGCUUUUAAAAUAAUUUAUGAAGACGAAGUUACAAACGCUAAGGACGUACAGAACACGCCUGAUAAGUUCUCUGUCAUAUUAUUGGGAGGACAAACAACUUAUUUUGACAUACAAUAUACUUUGGCAGCCGACGUCACUACUUGUACAGAAACAGAAGAUUAUUAUUUCUCGUGGUCUGUAUCCAGUAAGGCUGAUCACGUUGUAAAUGUGUCGCAUAUUAUAGGCUCCAAAUUGGAAAUACCCGCGUACACCUUAAAACCUGGACUAACAUAUGUAGCAAGCUGUGAAAUCAAAACUUACAGUUCAAAUAUUUUUAUCACAGACGUAGCUUUGACGUUCUCUGUUCUUCGUAGAAGACUCCAAGUUUAUUUAAAUAUAGACGAACUAAUCGUACCAGUCAAUGAAGCCUUUACGCUUGAAGCUUCUAUCAUUUAUGAUGAUUUAAAAGAUACUCCAAUAAAAUAUGAGUGGUGGUGCACCAGCAAUGAAAAAUCAUGUGACUUUUUUGAAAACAGGAGUGAAAGCAUUUAUAAUGUAUCACAGGGAAUCUCGGAAGAAGGCAUUUACGAUAUACAUUUAGCCGUCUUUGUCCUACAAGAAGUUGCGAAAACUAACGCUACAAUAAGAGCUAUAAAUGGCAUUUUACCAGUUUUGCAGGUCCAGUCAAUAAAUCGUUUUACAAACGAGAACCAAGAAGUGCAUCUAGUAGGUAAAGCAAGCAACUUGGCUCCCUCUUGCCAUCUAACGUGGUACUUCGCUACCGCAGAGUACUUGGCUAGUGAAUCAACUUACUCGGUCAAUGACUCAUUGAAUGGAUUCGUGCACGGACAUGCAAUAUCAGAAUCAUUAACUUUGAAUUCUAUUGAAGUGAAUUUCCUCUACGAAUAUAUCGAUUUCACAAACGAAACUUACACAAGACAAAUUGAAGCUAAAACGAAAGCAAACAACGGUAGAGCGCGUCUCGUUGCCGAAUGCAACUGCUCUUUAUCAUUUGACUGCAGAUCUCAUGGCGUUGUCUACGGGGACCUUCGUUUACACUUAAAUCAGAGCCCUGACAUUUAUAACUUUACGGUAUAUCCAGAAUCGGGGUUGGCGUUGCAAUCCUUGUUCCGAGUGAGCGCCUCCGCUUCGGACCCCGAUGGACCUCUGCGGUUCACAUUCUAUUACGUCAUCGACAACCGAACCAUUUCACUGGCCUCGCAUUUGGACCAUUCCGCAAUAGAAACACACCUGCCUUAUAUUGUUGGUGGAACAGACGUCUCGGUUGAGGUGUGCGACUCCCUCAACGCAUGUUCUAGGAGCAAAUUCAUAACCGUCAAAGUGUAUCCGAGCGAUGCUGACAUUGACAAGCUUGCUGACAAAGCUCGAGCCCACAUACGGCGCCGUGAAAUUACAGAUCUCACUCUAAUCUCUAUCUCAACCGUGUUGAGUCUCUCGAACAGUCAACGAUGGGAACAAUUAACGAUAUUUACGGCAAUAUUACACGAAACGUUGCCAGCAUUACGUACAAAUUGUUCGUUAUCAGAGCGCCGUUAUAGCGACUUUACGAGCCAACUCGCUGCCGCGGGCCUCGAUACAACACAACUUUUGGGCUAAAAAAUUUAAUAUA